AUGUCAAAGCAAAUAAAACACGUUCGCAGUACAUUUUUGGAUGAUGUUGGUUUUUCUGAACGAUCUAUGCAAGAACGAGAAAGACUUUCAGAACGUGUUUCCAAAGUUCUCAUCGCAGCGCGAUGUACUGAUCCACUUCUUUGGAUCUUCAGUUCUUUUCUUGGAGUUUUCGUCAGUGCUCUACAAUCUAUACCACUUGCAACAAAUGGAUGGGUGUAUGUCACUGAACCACGGGCUUACAAUAAAACAAAUGAAAAUGGAGAUUUAAUGGAUACGGUAUUCCUGUACAGCGCAGGUUACUUUGUAAUGUGUCGUGAGUUCAAAGGAGAAGAAACUGUCGCUGGUGAAGAUGUUCGAAUGUACUUAUCAAGUGAGGAAACAGCCUAUCAAUGUUACUGGAAUCCAAUCCUUACUGGGGAGGAUCUAACAGAAUUUAGCUCUGCAACUCUCGCAAUCGAAGGACGUCUUGCAUUGCCUACCUCAAUGCAUAUUAUUGGUGUAACUAUCUGUUAUAUGGCAUUUUGUUUUGGUCUUAUUGGUCACAUAAAGCGCAGCUCAAAAACACUUCUUGCAGCAAUUUUGUAUAUUUUCGGAGGCCUUGUUGUUCUAGUUGGUGUCCUACAGUUUGUUUGCGUUGUUGAUGAUGAACUAGCACCACGAAUGAAACCGAAUGCAGCUGGUGAACCAUCCAAAUUCAGAUAUUCCUUCUUCUUUACUUCGUUAUCAUUCUUACCGCUGCAACUGUGUGCUUGCUGUCAUGCAUUCCUUUAUUUCCGCCGUUUUCCGACAGCACUUGAUAAAAUGAAAAUCGUCCCAGUGAAACGUAUUCAAGUGGUAAAGGCACUGCGUUCUCCUCAGUCUGAGACAUUACAAGAUAGGUCUAUUUGUGCUAUCGUUUAUCCUAAUCAACCAGCUAGUCGAAAGUCUUCUCGUUUUAGUUUCAAUUCACCGCUUCUGAUCAGUCCAGCAGUAGUAAUGCCCUCAUCGUUCCCGGAACCGCUGCUUUCCACAGCUAUACGUAAUUCAGCAAAUCAUAAGCAACCUUGA